AUGGCCAAAUUGAAAGAAAGGUGUUACACAGCAGAAUUGCUGCAUGGAAUGUAUUCAGAUGACGUGAAUUAUGCGUACAUUUCAUUUAUGUAUCCAAUUCUCACUGAAAUUAACAGAGUGAAUAAAUUAUUUGAAUCCAAAGAUGCAGAUCAUACAAAACUGUACGACGAAUUGACAAAUUUGGUUGAUUCAUUUGUUACCAAAAUAGUACUGCCGACCCAGAAGGUAGACGUUUUUACGCAAAACAUUAAAGAUUUUGUUGAUAAGAAAUGUUAUUUGGGGUACAGAUUCGAAUCUUUUGUGUCAACGAUGAGAGAAAAAGGACUUCCACGGAAUGAAGAAGAAAUGAUACGUAAUAGGUGCAUCCAGUUUAUUGUGCAGUUGGUUAAUGAACUGAAAAACAGAUUGCCCGAAAACUUAAAACUCAUGAAAAAUAUGAAAAGAAUUAGUGUAGAUUGUGCACUGUCUCACAAUAAAGAGCCGAUCACUGACCUGAUCUUACAUUUUAAUAAAAAUCAAGAAUACAUAGCGAAAGUUGACGAGCAGUGGCGUCAAAUCCAUUUACUCAAAUGGAUAAAUACAAAAAAUACCAAGGAAUUUUGGUACGAGGUGCUGGAUUUCGAAGACAUUGCAGGAGAAAACCGAUUUGAAGAUUUAGCCACGUUUGCUAUAUCUAGCUAG